AUGUACGAGUUGAUACAUAACAACAAAAGUGAUAACAUAUCAUGCCAUUAUAUUGAUGGUGACGAUUAUCUCCCCACGGUCGAUGGCACGUUUUCUCCUGCCCAAUAUCCGAUUUUUUUCCACGACACUAGCUGUAAAGGAUAUUUAAAUUCCCGCCAGAUGUGUGCAAUAGAAUCGGCGGCAAUAAGUCACCCAGAAAGAAACGUCUACGUCUUCUUUAGCGGUCCUGUUUCAAAGUCAGCAUUGCUAGGAAAAAUGUCUAUAAUGUAUAGUUUCAGUAACGUGAUGCUAGCUAGAGUACACAUAGACGAAUACUCUGCAAACACACCCAUACAAUUUUUUAUAGAAAAUGGCACAUUGAAAAACACUAGCUGGGGAAUUGAAAAUACAUCAAAUGUUCUAAGAUUUCUCUCACUUUAUAAGUGGGGUGGGGUGUACCUAGACACAGAUGUAGUUGUGGUAAAACCAUUUGAUCUUUUAGGAGAAAACUGGAUUGCAAAAGAAGACAUGUUCACAAUAAACUCGGCAGCAAUUUCUUUGGAUAAUUAUACAUUAGGUCGAAAAGUUGCAAAUGAUUUUCUUGAUGAAAUAGUGAAACAUUAUAAAAGCGAUAAUUGGGCACAUAAUGGUCCUGGUGCUGUCACAAGAGUCUUAACAAGGUUCUGUGGAACUGAUGACUUAUCAAAAAUGACUAAAUCAAAAUGCCAAGGAUUUACUGUUUUAGAGCCAAAAUACUUGUAUCCAAUUCAUUAUAAUGAUAGAAUGCGGUACUUUCAGCAUGGUAAUCCUGAGAACUAUCCCGAUGCUUAUUUGCACCAUAUUUGGAACAGACUUACUCAUCACUUAAAAGUUCCAAAACAUUCCUUGUAUUUUAAAUUAGCACAGAAAUAUUGCCCCUCAGUAUAUAAAUUGUAUAAUGAAGAAUUCGGUUUAUAG